AUGCUGAAGUUCACCCCUUUUGGGCCGAGGGAGUCCGUCGUUCCCAGGUUCAUCUGCCUCUGGGUCCGAGAAGCUCUAGGUGGAAGCACCUGGAAAAUCAGACAAAACAUAUAUUUGCUUAUUUUAGGACAUGAUAUCCACUUCCAUGAUAAGAAAAUUGCUUUACUGGAGGCUGGUCCUAGGAAAGAGUAUGGCCGCUUGCCAGAUAGUCACAGUAACAGGGUCAGUUCCAUCUCCCCAGGUUCAGCAACCCUCCUAAGCAGUUUUGGUGCCUGGGAUCAUGUCUGCAGUCUGAGACUCAAAUCAUUUCGACGAAUGCAGGUGUGGGAUGCUUGUUCGGAAGCCAUGAUCAUUUUUGAGAAAGACAACUUAGAUGACAUGGGUUACAUAGUGGAGAAUGAUGUCAUUAUGUCUGCUCUCACAAAACAGUUAGAUGCAGUAGCAGACCGGGUGGAGGUUUUCUACGGGAGCAGAGCAGUCGGGUAUACCUGGCCCCUUUCCUAUCACAGCUGUGACACAAGCCCUUGGGUCCAAAUUGAGUUAGCUGAUGGACGCAGACUUCAGACCAAACUGCUGAUUGGUGCAGAUGGUCAUAACUCUGUUGUCCGGAAAGAAGCUGAAAUUCAGAACAUUGAGCAUCGGUAUGACCAGUCAGCUGUGGUGGCUACUCUUCAUUUGUCUGAGGCCACAGACAAUAACGUAGCAUGGCAGAGGUUCCUUCCCACAGGGCCAAUUGCACUUCUCCCGCUCUCUGACACUGCCAGCUCUUUGGUUUGGUCUACAUCACAUGAACAUGCAUCAGAACUUCUCACUAUGGAUGAGGAAAGUUUUGUCGAUAGCAUCAACUCUGCCUUUUGGAGCAACGCAAACCACACUGAUUUCAUUGACGCUGCCGGGGCCAUGUUUCGAUCUGCUAUUUCACUCCUGAGGCCUUCGGGGACUGGAGUCCGUCAGCUGCCCCCAAGUGUUGCCAAAGUAGAUCCCGAGAGCCGAGCCAUGUUCCCUCUUGGAAUGGGGCAUGCAACAGAGUAUGUCCAGCACCGUGUGGCCCUUAUCGGGGAUGCAGCGCAUAGAGUCCACCCACUUGCAGGACAAGGUGUAAACCUGGGCUUUGGUGAUAUUGCAUGUUUAGCACACCACCUCAGUGCAGCAGCCUUCAGUGGGAAAGAUCUGGGCUCCUUAAAACAUCUCUUAACAUUUGAGACAGAACGUCAGAGGCAUAAUGUCUCUUUGAUAGCUGCUAUUGAUGUGUUAAAGAGGCUUUACUCCACAAGGCUGGCUCCCUUGGUGUUGCUGAGGACAUGGGGAUUGCAAGCAACAAAUGCCCUGCCUCCUCUCAAAGAACAAAUCGUGGCUUUUGCCAGUAAGUGAUUUGCUGUCAACUUGGAACUGCAGCUUGUCAGUGAAUGCAUUACCCUUAAAAGGACUAUGACUGACUUAAAUCUCUGAAAGGUGUUAUUUUAAUUUAACAAUAAAAGUGUGGAGUGAGCUGUGUUUUGCACCAUCCACUGGUUUAUACAGAA